UUGUCGGUGCCGACAGAAUUGCCAAAAACGGAGACACAGCUAACAAGAUUGGAACUUAUAAUGCUGCUGUGAUUGCAGCCAGACACAAGAUUCCAUUCAUCGUGGUUGCGCCUAUCACUUCUGUUGACCUGAAUGUUGCAGACGGCUCGGGCAUUCCGAUCGAACACCGACCUGCCAUCGAGGCCUGUUUGAUCCGUGGCGCUGUGUACCCCGAUACUGGGGACUCUCAGCAAGCCGUCGUGAUGAUCACUCCGCCGGGACUCAAGGGAAUAUACAACCCCAGUUUUGACGUCACCCCAGCUGAGCUUAUCACUGCUAUUGUCACCGAAAAGGGCGUCGCCACACGACAGCCCGGAGAGCUUGUGUUCGAUCUAUCGCACAUCGUCUGAACCAGUGUAAACGUAUCACAUCGCAAAACCCGUAAUGAAAACAUGUGGACCACCGGCUUUGGAGGCAUGGGUCAUUGGGCGUCGGAAGAUGACAGCCUGCGGCAAGCUGCUGUGAAUUGCAGCGGAAGAAACUGAAGAACGAAGCCGACCUUCGCGGACUUGUCUGACGAAGAAUAGCCUACAGCCAUACUCGCAGUCGUGAAUGCACACCAGCCUCGUGCUCGUGUCUAUGAGCACAUUCAAUAAUCGCCAAAGAAGCAGGCGCUCACCGGUGCACAGUCCGUCAUCAUCAGCUUCUGCGACAAGGAGCACAAUGCCGGCGCUGGGAUCAGGGUUGGAGGGGCUCCUGCUCGGUACUACUAUACGAUUAGCAUCGGUCGGCCACGUCAGGGGGGGGUCAAACAUACACCAGAAUUCUUCGACGAGAACCUUCCGAAGAGUUUCGUGGAUAUCACCGUCCUUCUGAAUAUCCGCGUCGACAGCAUGGCAAAUCGAGCGAGCGAGAUUAGCUCUAAUUAUAUACUCGCCGGAUCCUGUCGACAGGACCACGGUGAAAUGCAGGAGAAAGCUGGGAGGGGCGAUCCGCACCUGACACACUGCAAGCCAUGCCUGACCUCUCUCCAGAAACGCUACAGUUCUGAGCCCAGCACCCAGCCCCGUAGACAGCAGCCUGGGCUCAGAUUCAGUGAAGAUGCAGGCCCGAAAAGUAAGCGGAGCUUUCGACCUCACCGACACGGCCUGCGUGUUUCAAGAGAAUGCCACCACUGGACACUCCUGCGGCGAACUCGUUGGCCUCCGUAUCCCAUACUACGGCACCGACCGUGUCUUGAAAAACACUGUCUUCAUCCUCCGUCCUGGGAACAUCUAAGGGAUUGUUCAAUCGCGUCUUCCAUCGCGCCCACUGUUUCCGAGCUUUGUCAGUAAUGAGGUGCUGGGGCUCGACGAGGUUCAAGUUUGCAGUGCGAGCGAAAGCAUGGGCUCCAUGAGAGACAAGUGUCAAAGGCGGUAUGCGGUACAAGGGGUCGGGAACUCGCGAAUGAUCGAGGAUCUGUCGCGCCAACGAUAUGGGAUUUUUGACUU